AUGAAGGCGUCUCGACAGGACGUCUCUCCGUCGCUUCCCAAAGUGCCCAUUGCUCGCUUGGUAGGCCACGAUGGUCCUAUCCAACAGGUUCAAUUUGCCGCUAUUGUAUGCAUGGAGCCCAUUGAUGACACGUACCUCGCGCUUGGACAGAAAGAGACACUCUUGACGACAACCGACGUACAAUAUUCCUUCACUUUGACCUGA